UUAAAGUUGAUGUUUGUGUUAUGAUAUUUUUGGAGUUAUGUAUUAACACUUUUAAUUUAUUUUGAGAGCAAUUUCAUGCAGCUGCAAUGAAUAGCGAUAAAAAUUUGUUAUUAGACUUUAAUGAAAUAUGCCGGUUAUGUCUCUCAAAAGAGGGUAUUAUGCUGCCUAUAUUCGACAAUGAUUCGAAUGAAGAUGACAUGUCACUUUCGUCAAGAAUUUCUAUUUGCGCCUCAAUUCAGGUGUCACAAGGAGACGGUUUGCCGACUCUAGUUUGCAAUAAGUGUGUUCACCGCUUGGACAGUUGGUACACCUUCAAAGAGCAGUGUCGCAGCUCUGAUGCGACACUGCGUCAGCAUGCAGCAUCCCACGGGAAGGUGUUAAUGGUGACUAAAAUGACCCAAACUGAUUCUACGUCGAAAAACAAUGAUGAGUUUUCGUUUGGAUAUAGACUCUCGGAGACAGAAAUCUUUAGGAGUACAGCAAAAGUCACCACUGAAGUGUGCAUAAACAAUUUUUGCUCUGGGAAUUCGAGUGACCAGACAGAAGGCUCUGCCGUUGGUUUGGGGGAAAGAAUGGGCGGGCCGGACCUCGAGGAGAGCCGCGCAGUGGGAGACGACCCUUCGGGGUGUCUGGCGGCUUCCCCGCCUCCGCGCGGCGACGGAGACGGUUCGGAAGACGAGAACGGCCCGACGUCGGAGCCAGAGCUCCCGCCGCUGCCCGAGGAGAAACGGUUCCCGUGCGCGCCCCUACGCGACCACGAGGCGUCGCACUCCGGGACGAAGGGGUUCCCGUGCGCGGGGUGCCCUGAGGCGUUCUGCACGACGUCGCAGCUGAGGGCCCACGCGCGCACGCACUCUCCCGAGAAGCCGCACGCCUGCGCCACGUGCGGCAAGUCGUUCAGGAAGCGGAGCGGUGCGAGGCUGCACAAGGCGACGCACUCCGGCGCGGCGCGGCUCCUCUGCAGCGUGUGCGGCAAGUGCUGCGGGACGAGGGGCGCCCUCAAAAGCCACCUCCUGGUGCACGCGGCGCGCCGGGACCACGUGUGCGCCGUGUGCGGGAAGAGCUUCGCCCGGAGGAGCAGCCUGGUCACGCACGCCAGGGUGCACCGGCCCGAGCGGCCGGCGCGCUGCGAGCGCUGCGGCGCGGCGUUCAAGCGUCGCGACGAGCUGCGGCGCCACCUGCGCGUCCACACGGGCGAGCGGCCCUUCGCGUGCGCGCUCUGCGGGCGUUGCUUCUCCGACAAGUGGAACCUCACCCAGCACGUCCGGCUGCACACCGGGGACAGGCCGUACGUGUGCGCCGUCUGCGGCCAGUCGUUCACGUAUGGCGCGACCCUGCGCAAGCACGCCAGGUGGCACGACGGCGACCCGGCGCAAGCGAGCCAGGCGUGACGGUGUUCCUUUCCUUGUGUGUUCACCCUGCCAGCUGGUUGAAGUCGGUCAAGACUGUCUUGUAAAAAAAAAUUACAGAUAUAUUUUUUAAGUAACUGAAAUAUCAUCUGGGAACAAAACAUACAUGUGAUAAUAUUUUGACGGAGAUUAAAAGUGAAUAGGACAAGAAGAAAAAAAAAUACAUCCGCACAUUGAGUACAAAAUUUGAAAUUUUGAACUACAUUUGGUGUUUCUUCAGAUUAGUUAGUGGAUCUCGUGAAUUUCAGCGGUAGAAUAUUUAACGGUUUUGUUUGUAUUGUGAUAUUUUUUGUGUUUUUUUAUUAAUUUUUAUUUGUCAAGAAUAGUUUUAUAUUCUAAUAAGCAAUUUAUAAAGGUUCAUUUCUCAGAGUAUAGAAAUAAGUCUUUAUUAUUAAACUUGGUCGUUCCCUUCCUGGCAUGAUAAAAAAAAGUUAGUAAUAAACUCUUCUCUGGUAUUGUACAGUUUGGAAUUUCUUUUGUCUGGUUAGACUUCUUAGUGUUUUUGAAACUUGUCAGGUUAUGAACAGUGGGUUAAGUUUACCAGCAGUUGAAAUUGUUUAAGUGGAAGUCUACAUUUUUAUUGAAGUCUUCCUGUGUAUGACAAGCCGUAAACCUGCAAGAAAUGCAAGAUGUUUUCAAAAACCCAUUCAUAAACUUUGCAAGAUAUAAGAAUGAAAUGCAUGCAUAGAAGCCAUGAUGUUUUUAUUGGAAACAUUAUGAUUUCACUUGUUAAACUUUUGCACAGUGAAAGAAAGUAAUACUUAAAUUUCCAUACCAUCCUUUACUGGUACUGAAAAUGAUAUUACUGUCCGGAUAUUUACAUUAAAAUUUUUUAAAAAUUAUAGUGCUUAUUUGUGUAUCACCGCUUGGUUCACAUCAUUCCUGUGAGGCUUGUGAUUUUUUUUUUCAUUGCACUGUUCAUUUAACAACCUUUUCCAUCUAAAUCAUCUGUUCAUUUCUGUUGCGGUAGCUAAUGUCAAAUACAUUCCCGCUAGUACAACCAACAGCAUCAGACUUAUAUAAAUGUUUGAUAGAGUCCUUAUUUCGUACGAUUUUGCGCACAGUUGACUAGCUGAAAACUUAAAGUGCGACCAACAUAAGUGUGGCCAACAUGACAUUCUGCAUUCUGUAAUACUUCUAAUUUUGUCUCAAAUACUGAACACGAUGCAUUAUGCUCUCACUCGGAAGCCAUGAUUCCAACUGCAGGGCUUGCGCACGUAAAGUUACCGGCAGACGAAUGGGCAGGUUUGGUUUGGUUUGGUUUGUGUUUGUGCAUGCUGGCUACACUGAAGUUCAUCAUGGCCCGGUCCGUGGCCAGGCGACAAUGGUACGGCAUGGCAGUAUAUGUGCGGACGUAAAAACAUUUGUUUCUUUGCACUCCAUAGCUGAUGUUUGUAUAACAGCCGAUAUCAUAGAAACACGUGCACGUGCAUCUCUUCCUCGUAUGUCAAGGUACAUCUGUUGUUUACCGAGUUGAAGCAGACUUUGUGGUGUCCUGCCCGACUUUCUGUUUGCUUGUGGCGAUUUCGUGCUAACUGAAAUUUACAGACGUGCUAUUCAAGACUGGGGCAGUAAAAUUAACACUACGCUAAAUGCAUUAACGCAAUAUGAAGAUGUUCCAAAUGAGGGAGGUGUACUAAACUAAUUUCACUCACCUUCAGAUUAUGUUAAAAUAUGGCUGUAUGUUACAAAUAAACAGAAUGUCACUGUAUUAACUUUUUUGAAAGACAUAUCAGUUAUUUGUGGUAAAAUAUCAUUCUCUGUAUAGUCACUGCCAUUUAUAUACCACAAGCAGACCUGCCAACUCUCACGAUUGUGGUGUGAGGCUCACGAUUUUAAGGUCCAUCUCACGCCCUCACGCCAAAAUAGUGUUUCCUCACGAUUUUUUGGGGCCUCAAGAUUUUGUUUGUUAAAGUUACAAAACAAGUUUCCAUCAAUAUGUACUCGAGUCACGUAAAGGAAGCAAUUUUGCGUUUUGUAGCAUGUACCGUGUUGAUUUUUCUAUCUCACAUAGUGGAAGAGGAGACAUUGUGAAACAUGUCGCUACAAAAAAACACAACUAACACGUGAAGUGUAUUGCUUCCAAUAAAAAAUUUAAUUUUGCUGUGAACAAUGAUAAUAGUGUUACACGAGCAGAAUGUUAUUUUGUAUCUUUUUUAGUUGUGGCCCUGCAUGAUCACUACAUGACAGCGCUAAAUUAUGUUCAACUAAAUUAAAUCUGCAACCUAUAAUUUGUUGAAAUAAAUUUUGAAGCAGAGACCAUGUAACAUAUGUACAGGUAUGUCACUUAAAUUUAAAGAUUCUCAUUUGUUGUUUUUUAUUUCUAACCUGUAUUUAUGGGCCUGAAAAUUUUUAUCGAGGACCUCAUGAUUUUUUAAAUUUGAAUGUUGGCAGGUCUGCACAAGCUGCUUAGCAUUUUAAACUUUGUUCAAAGAAACAAAACGACUAUUACCAUAGUUUGGUUCCAUUUAUAACUGCUUUACAAACCUGGCCAUAUGGGUGGGCGGCAGGUAUUGAGGGCGAAGGUCGACUCUAGGGUUUUGCAAGUGAUGUACACAGAGCGAUGCGCAAUCAUUCGAGGCAACCUCCAUCUUUGCAAACCUUGGAAGUAUAAGGAUAGUCUGAAAAGUUUCCUAUCUCAACAUAAACAUGGCAGCACUCAUCAACAAAAAUUGAGAUAAUGUUUUGCGCAUGCUCUGGAAUAUACUCACUGAAAUUUCAGCUAUUUUUAACGUGUAGUAGUUUUUUAACAAUUGUUUGCGUGAGUCUCUGUAAAAUAGUUGUUUACGAAGGUGAUGGUCUCCUUAUUCGACACAAAUCUCUGUCCUCCGAGCACAACUUUUAGGAAACAAAAAAAGUCAAUUGGUCUAGAUCUGGUGAGUAAGGAGGGUGGUCAUGCAGUUCAAACCGCAAUUCGUAGAUUUUUGCCACGGCAACCACUGAGGUGUGAGCUGGUGCAUUCACUGUCUUGGUGAAAAAAAAUUACGAUUUCCGCAAAUGUGGCCUUUUUCUGCAAUUUCCGCCUUCAGCUUUUCAAGUAAUGAUGUGUAUGAUGUGUAGUAUAUAUGCUCCUGUCAUGUUUUUUCCUUUUUCAAGAUAAUUGAUGCUAAGACAACUCCAUGACUAUCCUAGAAAACAGUCCCCAUCAUUUUCCCGGCCAGAGGAACAGUCUUUCCCUUUUUUGGAGCUGAUUCCUCCUUCAAAGUUUUUGGUAUAGCAAACGUUUAUGGUAUGGUAUGGACACAUUUAAAUUCAGCUGCCAAAAAUAUCACUGUGGUAAAUGAUGGUGCAGAGUCUCAGUGCAUGGCGUCCAACACGUCUUAAUUUGUAUAGGCAUAUUGCAUACACAAAUAUUUAAUGACAGUUUGAUACUCAAUUUUACUUUUUCACAAAUACAUGCACAUGACUCAUGCAAACAAUUGUUGCACGUCCAAAAUGGCUGGAAUUCCAGAGAACAUUCCAAAGCAUGAGCAAACAUGCCCCAAUUAUCGUAUACGAGUGUUACCGAAUUCAUGUUGAGAUCGGAAAAUUUUCAUUGUUAACGAUUCUUGAUCAUAUGGGCAGUUUUGUGUCCUAAUGAAAGUGCUGUUUUUGUGUUGCAUACUAAGUGAAACUUUUUUUCUCCUGUUCGUGACAGUUUUCAUUCAUUGCUGUGAUCUUUACCACUGAGCCAUCAAUAUGGCAGCUGUUGUCAGUCGUUAUUCUUGACAGUUAAUGUCAAGCAGAGGGGCGCGUCGAGAAUGAUUUUGACUCCACCUUCUGUACUAGAAAAAUCAUUAAUUUGUGCCUGUUUCCUUCUAAAUUUGAACACUGAUGCAAAUGAUAGUAUUCUGACAACUUGGCAUAUGAGUAGAAAACAGACAAAUUUUAAGUAUCGUAAAAAUAAUGGAUUGAGCCCUAGGGUGAUAUCAUUCAAAAGACUAAAAUAAAAUUUUUUUUAAAAGUAUUUUGUUUUAUUAUUUGUAGCAUGUAUGUGACAUGAUCGACCUCAUUAUCUGUGAUAACCAUUAUUUGAAAGUGAUUGCAGUUAAAUUUAUAGAGUAGAUUUUUUAUAUAAAAUAUAUAGGUUGUUUAUUUUAACUAUAUAAAAGGAGUAGAUUAUUCAGUUUUUUUUAUCUUGUUCAUAAAAUCAGCAUAUUUGUUUCCAAAGCAAGAAUAAGAAAAUUUGUAACUGAAAGUACUGGUGCAUGGGAGAUGUAAAAAUGUUUUGUCAUGCAUUAUUUGAUUUUUUACAAGUAUGUAUGAUUUUUAACAAUCCCUGAAAAAUAAAAAUAAAAGUUUUGAAUUUAUUUUAUAUUAUUAACUGUUUAAAUUUUUUUUUCUGUGAAUCUUAUAUGAGGUUGAACACAUCAAUAAUCACACAAAACAAAUAUGCUAGUUAAUAAUUAGACCAGGUUACCCAAAGUCCUGUUCCUCUCUGCUGUUUGGAACAGGAACAGUGUUCUAAUAGAUUUAAUUUUAGUAUUUUUAUUAAUGUUGGUAAAUUGUUUAUGUAUGUAAUGUUUUGUAGUAGUAAAUUAGGUAUAGCGUUUAAUACCCAUGUGAUUUAGACUUUCUCAAAUUGUAUUACGUUGUGGUCUGCUUUUCACAGUUUUCUGGAAUAUCUGAUGUUGAAUGAAUAUAUGUGUGUGUGUGUGUGUGUGUGUGCGUGCAUGCGUGUGUGUGUGUGUGUGUGUGUGUGUGUGUGUAUAUAUAUAUAUAUAUAUAUUUCAAUUGAUUUGUUUCCUUGUAAACUAGUAUGAGUUCUUGAAUGUAUUAAUUUGUGAUAGUAAUGAUUCAGAAAAUUUUAAUUUUUUUGCUUACAGUAAGAUUAAUUUUAUCAUUUUUUACUAUACAGAUAAUUACUUUUUUAAAAUAAUGUUUUUAAAAUUCCCACUGCGGUAUCUCAAAUGUAAAGAAUGUGUGUUAUUACUGAGUGAAAGUGAGUACAGUAAUCAGUGUCUUUAAAUUGACUAAGUCCUCUUAAUACAUAACUGGAGACACUAAACUGACUUUCGAUGAGAUUAUUUACUUUUAUUUCCCUCCCAUAGUAAAUUACCAUUUGUGUUUUCUUUACAGAAAGCAUAAAAUAGAGAACUUUUUACAUAAUUACAUUCAUGCUUCAUAGUUAGGGACAACAUUUUAUGGUCUUAUUUUUAGGUCACUUUUAUUUUUUAAACCCGGGGAUUUCAGUGGAUUUGUUUUUAUUUAAUACGCUGUCCUAAAUCAUAAAUAUAGUGUAUUAUUCAAAAAAUAUGAAACAUAGAAAUAUUUUAAGUAUUUAUGUCACCAAAAUAGUGUCAUUUUGACCGAUAGAUCACACACUUCUAAAGUAAAAUCAUUGGUAAUAAACAAAUAAGCAUAUAUAAAAAAGUACUACUUAGAAAAAUAAGAGAUUAAUGUGUUAAGUUCUGUGUAUUUAAAAAAUGUGCCUACAUCAUUAAUAUAAAUAAUGUGUUACUAAUGAAAGAUCCAUGGUUAAACAACGUACUUGUAAGAUUAUUUUUAAAAAUCCAUUUACGUAAUAUAUAUUUUGUAACAAAAUUCAGGUUAAAAAAAUUUUAUUCAAUGUAUUUACCAUAGUAAAACAUAAAAUUUUGUAAUUUAAGUUCACUUUUCACGUUUUGAGUUAGAUUUCAGUGCUAAAUGGUGUAUAAACUUACAUUUAUUACAUUUUGGUUUAGUGACAUUCCUUCCAGUGUUUGUUCGGUUUUAUCACAAUUCACUGUAUACUCUUGACCUUAUUUAGUAAACGCAUUGCAUUGAAAUGAUUCAUUUUGUAACUGGCCAGCCAUAUUAUGAAUUAUAAAUGAUGUAAAAUAUUUGUGUUUCAUAAAAGUACUUGCAUUGUAACCAUUAGAAAAAUUGUUAAAAAAAAAGUGCUGCAAACUUCAGUAUGAAGUGGUUUACAAAUACAAUGAGUGAAAUGGUAUUUAAUCCGGAACUUUAGGGAUCACAGCCAUCCCGUAUUAGCAAUUCAGCCAGAUUAUCAAAUGUCGUUUUUUUUAGUGAAUAAAAAUCAUAAACUAACCAUGCAUAAUAUUAAUAUUGAGCAUUCAUAAAAGUAAAUCUGAGUGCCACAUUUUUUUUUUUUUAAGUAACUUACUCCAUUCGUACAAAAAUAUAAUGUUUUCAUGAGCAAAUUUUAGGCUUCAAUGUUUUUAAAAAUUCGCCACAAAUGUCUAACUUUACGAAUAGCGUGAAGCUUUGUGUCACAACCAAAUCAUAGUAUAAAACAAAUAGCAAAUUUCCUGGCUAAGUCAAAUCAAUUAUUAAGAAUAGCUUUGAUUUAUUCACUUACUCGAAACUUCACACAGGCCAGCAGUUGAAAUCCACUUGUAAAUGUUUGAACUAGAAUUGCUGUUGUGUUACAGAAUGUGCCAAACCAUAGAAUUCUGGAUUAAGAGCAUUUUACUGUAGAUAGCUACAAGUUUCAACUUUAAAGCUAAAAGUUACACUAGAAUGUAGCAGGCAUUAUAAAUGAUUUCAUUAAUGACUUAAUUAAUUUCAAAUUUGUCAGAUAGUCUUUUUGUUUUAACUAAUUACUGAUGUAAGUAUGGACGUGUAAUGUUUUCAUAGUUGUUAUUUUUAAUCAGUCUUGAAAAAUAAAUUGGAAACUAGACAAUUCUUCUAUUUAUAUUUUGUUAAUUAGUGUGUAAUUAGUAGAAUUUAUGUUAGCAAUAUGAUGAUAAGUCUAAAAAAACUGAUUGUGUUAAUAUUUACUCAUUGAUUAUAAAUAUUUGGAUAGUUCACUUCACUUUGAAAGUCAUAGCUUACACUUUUAGUUCAAUUGAUGUAAAUAUUUUACUAGUACUUCAACCUUAAAAAUUUUUGAACUGGUUAAGUUUAACAUUUAUUGCCUUACUAUUACUUGUAUAUGCAGGUUUGCAAUACCUAGUGAGAGUGAGAUGUUUCUGGAAAUAAUAAAAAUCAAUUUUUUUGCUAAAUGUGAUCUGAAAUUGCUUUAUAACAGUUACCAGUAAUAUUUGUGUUGAUUCAU